AUGUCUGACAGGAAGCUCCUCGUUUGGACGAUCCCGGAGUGCGCGUGCGGUAACGACCGCCCCGAGAUGCUCUCGGUGAUCUGCGCGGCCACCGAGUGUGGCGAGGCGCCGUGCAGCGACCCUGUGCAGCCAGUCGGCCACUGCUGUCCCAUGUGCGGAGCCGUGGUGCGGGUAACACCGAGCGCCGGGCGGCCCGCGGCGGCGGCCGCUCUGCGCCGGCUGGUGCGGCAGCUCCGCGGCUCGGGCGCGGUGCGCUGGCACGUCUCGGCCACCCACGCCGGCCGUCUGCAGGCCGUGCUGGUGGACGCGCAGACGGAGCGGACCGACAGCGCGCGCCUGGCCCGGGAGCUGGCCGACCGGCUGGCCGCCGAGCCGGGGAUGUCCGGGCCGGAGGUGCACGUCUCCGGGCCCCGGCACGCCGCGCUGACCGGCGGCGGGGGCGCCGGCGGCGGGCGGUCGGCCGCCGGGCCCGUGCUGGCCACCGUGGUCCUGGCCGUGGUGGCCGCGCUGCUCGUCUGGGCCGUCAGGACCAAACGUGUGAGUCUGCCGAGCAGGGAGCGGCUCCGUCUGCCGCCGCCGCCAUCCCAGUGGCACGUGGCGGAGCGGGCGGCCGCGCUGGCCGGCCAGCUGCCCGCCGUGCGCCGCCGGCUGGCCGCCGCCGCCGCCGCGCCCUUCCACUUCGCCAGGUUCCGCAACAGCACGUGCGGCUCAGAGGUGGAGCUGGGCCAGCGUGUGGAGGAGCUGGACUCUGCGCACGACUCGGCCUCGGUCCACACCGCCGGCUCCAGCGAGCCCGACACCGGGUCCGCCGCGCCACCCGCCGCCGCCCCGCCCAAGGCGCCGCGCUCCUUCGACAACCCCCUGUUCGGAAACUCCCAACUGGACGACCACGUGCCUGCCACGCUGCUGGCGCCCAGCAGCGCCCUCUGCGUCACUCCCGACGGCAAGUCGGUGGCCAACCCUUUCUUCGGCGUGCCCGUGAUCACGGCGGCCGGAACAAACGCUGAGACGGUUGGCGCACCGGGCCCUGGCCUGGAGGACAGGGCCGAGCCGAGCCCGGCAGGCCGGGAGGACAGCGGCGAGUCGUCCCCCGCGCCAGCGGAGGAGGCCGCUGAGCCGGAGCCGCCGUGCCCGCAGCCGGGGGACCACACAGGGCCCGAGCAGGGAGCGGACGGAGCCGCCCGCGGGCCGCCGGCCGAGACCGAGCUGCUGAUCGACGUCCAGGACUCGGACUGAGCCUGGCCGGGGGGUACGGGACCCUCGGACUGAGCCUGGCCGGCCCGACCGACAGAUGUACAACGGCUACAUACCCAACCCGAACAGAACCAUGCCAUUCUGAUUUCUGAUCACACUAGUCCCAUUAAAGGAUAGGCGGACCUGCUGGACAUGAUCGACCGUGCAUGACACCAUUGGUGCACAGUAGUUGAGUUCCGGACGAUAGCUGUGGUGUGGCGAGCUGCAGU